AUGGGAAAACUGACAGGCACGCGAGCGAAAUGUCAGUCGGGUUCGGAAAACGUCCGCAGGUUGACGUGUGAGGGUCGCUUCACGUCAAUUUCUCGGCGAUUUUUAUCUAUGCUCCGGCACCAGCUAACGUUUACCAAUAUCGUUUCUGUGUUCGUCUGCGGCGUGGUUCGUACGUGCGUGUUUUAUUUAACCUCUCUUUCAGUCUUAAAAAUGGCCGAGCAUGUAGCGUUUCUCCGGACGCUAAUUUAUAAUCACAUAUCUAGCGAAAAUAAGCAAUUGGCGGAAAGUUACCGCAAGUUGCUUAAAGUGCCAUCGGUAAAACCAGGGGCUCCGUCUCUUCAGGAAGUGUUCAGUCAUUACUUGAAGGUCAACAAAAAUGCAGCGGCCAAAAUCAAGCAACUGCUAGCGCAAGAGUCGAGUUCGGAGGAAUCGUCCGAAGAGGAGGCGUCUGCGAAGUCGGUUCAGAAUGUUAAACCCGCACCGGCGGUGAAACGGAAACAGGAAAGCAGCUCGGAGGAGUCGUCGGAGGAGGAAAAAGCACCACCCGCGAAGAAACCGGCUUUAAAUGGCAAAUCGAAUGUGGCUCCCCCGAAAGGGGCAGCGAGCAGUUCGGAGGAAGAUAGUUCGGACGACGAAAAGGCUGCCGUAAAAAAGCCGCUCCCGCCGGCCAAGGGCAAAGCGCCGUUGAAAAAAGCGGCGGAAAGCUCAGAUGACAGUUCGGAUGAAGACGAGUCGCCAGUGAAAAAGGGGGUCGCUGUUGCCCCGCCCAAGAAAUCGGCUCCUGUCAAAGCGGCCACGAACACGACAAGCAAAAAAGAUAGUAGUUCGGAAGAUAGUUCCGAGGACAGUGAGGCGGAGCAGCCAAAAAAGACGGCUCGCCCGACGACGACGGCCAAGGCGUUAAAACAAGUGGCGGAGAGUAGCUCGGAAGCGAGUUCUGAGGAGGAGGUCAAGACGCCCGCUGUGAUGACUGCGAAACCUCCCGCCAAGGUGCAGACGCCUGCCAAGAAAACCGUGAAAAAAGAAGAAAGCUCAUCGGAAGAGUCCAGCGACGAAGAGGAGCCUCAGAAAGUGACCAUCAAAGCUACAAUUCCAACAAAGAAGUCUGCAAAAAAGGACGAAAGCUCUUCGGAAGAUUCAAGCAACGAGGAGCCCCAGAGACCGGCAACCAAGCCUAUUAAACCAGCGCUCAAGGUCCAGACGCCGGCUAAACCUGUCGCCAAAAAAGCAGAAAGUUCAUCUGAAGAUUCCAGUGAGGAGGAGCCCCGGAAAGUGGCCCCAAAGGCGCAAACGCCGGCCAAGAAACUCGCGAAAAAAGAAGAAAGCUCGUCGGAAGAUUCAAGCGACGAGGAGCCAAAAAAAGCGGUGCCCAAGACGCAGACGCCAGCUAAGAAACCCGUAAAAAAGGAGGAGAGCUCUUCUGAAGAGUCGAGCGACAAAGAAGAGACCCAGAAUCCGGCCGUCAAGCCUAAGAAACCGCCAGCUAAGGCGCAGACUCCGGCCAAGAAACCCGCGAAACAGGAAGAAAGCUCUUCAGAUGAUUCCAGCGAUGAGGAGCCUCAGAAACCAGCCAUCAAGACUCAGACGCCCGCCAAGAAAUCUGUGAAAAAAGAAGAUAGCUCGUCGGAAGAGUCCAGUGACGAGCCAAAGAAAGUGGCGAACAAACAAACCCCAAUUCCUAAAAAGACCGUCAAGAAAGAAGACUCGGAUGGGUCGUCUGAAGAAAGCAGCUAUGAGGAGAAUCAGAAGCCCAUAGCGGUGUCGACGCCCGCCGCGAAAAAGGUUGCGGCCAAUAAGAAGUCUUCUAACGAGGAGGAGUCUUCAGAGGAGGAGGAGGAGGAGGAGACGCCGAAAAUCAAAAAAGCGAAGAGCGCCGACGCCAAUGGAUUGGACGCAAAAAAAAACGACAGCUACAACAACUUCGUGAAAGAGGGAGCUCAGAACAACAGCUUCGGCAAAGAUAAUAAGGAUGGUUCGUUCCGCGGCAGAGGCGGCGGCCGCGGUGGCGGUUUCCGGGGCAACAACGACAGACACUCGUUCGGCAACCGGAACGAUAGGGGCGGUUUUGGGGGUGACCGGGGCGGGUUUAGAAAGUCGUUCGGCGACCGGGGCGGGUUUAGAGGCGGUCGAGGUGGCGACAGGGGCGGCGGGUUCAGGGGCGGUCGAGGCGGCGGGUUUAGGGGCGGUCGAGGGGGAGACCGGGGUGGGGGGUUUAGAGGCGGCAGGGGUGGAGAUCGGGGAGGCGGAUUUAGGGGCGGCAGGGGUGGAGAUCGUAGCGGCGGGUUCAUUCAACAGCACCAGGCGCUCGUGAAUAAGAAAAUUAAGUUCGACGAGUAGGGGGCUCACCGUCACUUUAACGCGAGGGGCUCGUGGGGCGAGAAGGCGAACCACGACCUGAAACACACGCGGGGCAAAUCGUUCAGGCACGAAAAAACGAAGAAGAAGCGCGGAGCGUACCGCGGCGGUACCAUCGACACGUCGGUCAAUUCCAUC